GAUUUUCAAGAAGAGCUGGACCAAACCUUAUUCAAGCUUGCAAAAGCAUCGGGAAACUAUCCCGCCAAGUUAAUCAUUGAAGACUUACAAUUCAAUCAAGAAGACCUCAUCGGUUCUGGGGGGUUCGCAGACGUGUAUCGAGGAACACAUGGCAAUGAAGUAGUGGCUAUCAAGCAAGCACGUGUGGUAAAAUCGGAUCUCUCAGCAUGGUCCCGAAUCAUAAAGGAUUCUGCAAAAGAAAUAGUGCUCUGGUCGCGCUUAAGUCAUCCCAAUAUAUUGCCUUUACGUGGUAUCUUUCGUGGAGGAUCCCAUCAAGAAAGACGUGUUUUGGCGUUUGUUUCGCCUUAUAUGGAGAACGGGGAUCUCAGUCAUUAUCUUCGAAGCUCAGGAGAUGCCUGUUUGAAAAAGUCAUUGGUCCUUGACGUCAUUCAAGGGCUGGUGCAUCUUCACUCUCAGAGGCCACCUGUGAUACAUGCUGAUAUUAAGCCGGCGAAUAUAUUCAUCUCUGCAGAUGGAAGGGCUUGCAUUGGCGAUUAUGGGCUUUCUUAUAUCAAGAACAGUGCCCAAGCAAAUGGGGCCACGACGAAGCGCCAUGCACUUGGAAAGACGUUACAAUACUCGGCACCAGAGCUUUUCGAUGACGAACAUGUACCCAUGAGUCGAUCUCGAGAUAUCUAUGCUUUUGGCUGCGUAUUAUACGAGAUCUACUCAGGAAAGCCGCCGUAUGCUGGCCUGCGUGAAGGCCAAAUACUCAAGGCUAUUAUGUUUGAUAAACAGCUUCAAAAACCUAAUAUAAUCGACGAUAACUUGUGGAGAAUCAUCCAGGAUUGCCGAGCCUUCAAAGCGCUGGAUAGGCCAUCGGCUAAUGAUGUGCUCAGGAUGCUCCAGGAACCUUCUGUGUCUCAGAACGAGUUUCGCCCCACACUUCACCAAAUACCAGCU